AAGCCAACUGUGCAGUGGCCUCGCUGUGCAUUAUGGGCACGGGCUCCUCCCCACGUGUCCUGUGUGGAGCACAGUCAACAUGGUACCGACAGACUUCAGCUGUGUUAGCCUGUAGAGUUAGAUGCUACACCUCUACGCACCACAUUUCAGGACUGUUCAGACGCGGAUGAGAUAGCUAAAACUGUAACGUGAAGUGUGCAGGUGUAUACAAUUUGUGUCCGAAUGAAAAUUUAACCCGCAGUGUAGUGCAGGCCUGUGACAAGAGACUGAAAGGUUGGAUCUCUGAGAUCUGCUGCCGCUCAUCUCCUGUUUCAUAUCCUCUUCCCCUCCUCGCUCUGUUCACAUCAAUAUGGCCAGCGGGGAUGAUGAUGACCCCAUUAUAGAAGAGAUUGAUGUGUAUCUUGCCAAAAGUCUUGCAGAUAAGCUGUAUCUUUUGCAGUACCCUGUCCGACCAUCCAGUAUGACCUAUGAUGAUGUCAACCACUUAGCGGCUAAGAUCAAACCCAAGCAGCAAAGGGUGGAGUUGGAAAUGGCCAUCAACACAAUGAGUCCAAACUACUGUCGCAGCAAAGGAGAGCAGAUAGCUCUGAAUGUGGAUGGCACGGCUUAUGAUGAAACCAACACCUAUUCAACGAAAGUGAUGGAUAAACAGACCUUUUCCUCCAUCCAGGCCACCACCAACACCUCCAGAUAUGCUGCUGCUGUGUUUCGCAAAGGUGAGCUUCACGUCACACCUCUGACGGGAAUCCUCCAGAUGAGACCCAGCUUCUCUUACCUGGACAAGGCUGACACUAAAACCAGAGAGAGGGAGGCGGCCAAUGAAGGUGGAGAUUCCUCCCAGGAUGAAGCUGAGGAGGACGUCAAGGCCAUUACGGUGAGGUUUGCUCGUCCUGAGUCAGAGCAGGCCCGGCAGAGGAGGAUCCAGUCGUACGAGUUCCUCCAGAAGAAGCAGGCGGAGGAGCCCUGGGUUCACCUGCACUACCACGGUGUCAAGGAUGGGCACUCAGAGCAUGAAAGGCAGUACCUCUUCUGCCAGUCAGUGGAUGCCUCAGAGAACUCUGAACUGGUCAAAACUCCUAAGGAGUACCUGGCAAUGCUGAUGCCCCCUCUUGCAGAAGAAAAAGUUGUAAAGCCUGUUGGUCCCAGUAAUGUGCUCUCCAUGGCUCAACUCCGCACUCUGCCACUGGGAGACCAAGUCAAGACCCUGAUGAAGAAUGUCAAGGUGAUGCCGUUUGCUAACCUGAUGGGCCUGCUCGCCUCUGGCACAGACUCGACCUCGGUGCUGCGCUGCAUCCAACAGGUGGCGCUGCUGGUUCAGGGGAACUGGGUUGUCAAGAGUGAUGUUCUGUAUCCUAAAAACACCUGCAGUCCUCACAGUGGAGUCCCUGCUGAAGUGCUCUGUCGUGGCAGGGACUUUGUGAUGUGGAGGUUCACUCUGGAGCGCUCUGUGAUGAGAAAGGAGAUUGCAUCCAUCAUCAAACUUCCUCCAGAGGAUGUGAAGGAGUUCCUGGAGCAUGUGGCAGCUCCUCGAGUCAACCGGGGCUGGGAGUUCCUGUUGCCUACUGAUGUAGACUUCAUUAAGAAACACUCAGAUGUUGCCCACAGGCAACACAUGCUGUGGCUUGGCAUCCAGAGCAAGUUGGAAAAGGUCUUUAACUUCUCUAAAGAAGACUUCAUGCCAAAGAAUUCCCCUCAGCCGGAGCCUGUCCACAUCAGUGGGGAGCAGCGUCUGAAGAUGGCUCAGGAGCGUGCACAAGAAAACCAGUCGUCCCUACAGAAGGACUUGGACACCAAACGGGCAGGAGUCCAAGUCAAACAGGAACCCGAAGACGAACCUAUGGACACCUCCUCUUCCGCUUCCUCCUCCGCCAUCCUCAACGGUUCUCUCAAUGGUUACCCCGGUGCCACCUCCCCCGGCUUUGAUCACACUAAUGGCAAUGGAGGAAGUCCCGCCAACACGUCAUCCCAGGAGCUGCAGGACUUUGUCAGAAAGACUUUCAGGAAGCAUUUUGUACUGACGCUGAACGAGUUUAAGAGGCUGUUUAACCUCCACCUGGCUUCCAUGCCGGUGGGACGGAGCGUCUUCCACUCCAUCUCGGACCACAUGCUACAGGACGCCAUACUGCUCUGCCAGUGCAAACAAAUAAUGGUUCCUUUUCCUGCUCAGAGCACAGCAGCCCCUGAUGAACAGAAGGUGUUUGGUUUAUGGGAGACUGGAGAGGAAUUCGACAAGCACCGUCGGCUGCUGUUUGACUUGUUCACGAAGAACUACAGGAUCAGGAGGAACAUGAUACAAGCCAGACUGAUGCAGGAGUUUGGAGACGCCUCCAAGGCGGACAUUGACCGGCUGCUCACUGAGUGCUGCAGCAGCCACGCAGGGAUGUGGUACCUCAAGGGAACGAUACAGUCCUGACACUGAGAGCCUGCCCCCUGCGAUCACCGUCAGCCAAUCAAAUCCUCUCCCCAGGUGUCCAGUGGGAGGGUAGUCAGACAGAUGAGAGCCAAUCACAGCUCGCCCAGCUCUGAGGGCGGGCGAUUGGAGAAUAACGAUGUCAGCCGUCUGCUCUGUUCAGAACAUGAAGCUUUUCUCGUUUCAACUGAAGCAUUUCCGACAUUAACAUGAGCACUCGGAUGCAGCGCCGAGGAUAGAACUCCUCACACACUCACACUAAGAGCUGGAGUGUCUGAGGGGAAAAAUAUCGAUUAUAAAAAGAUGAAGAAAUAGCAAGAUAUAAAUCUAUAUGGUUUUCAGUAGAUUUUUGGAUUUAUGACCUCAUGUUUGAUUAUUUUUGAAUUAAGCCUUUACCAGAUCAGGAUAGUGUUUACUGUUGAAAGCAGCCUUUGCUCAAAGUGCUUUCGUUUUACUCCUGAUUUGUAAAUUUUGCCAGAAAAAACAUGUUUUACUUCAUCGUAUCAUCAACAAAGCAAACAUUGUUUAAGGCCUUGUGGGUAAAAAAAAAUAAACUUAAAAGAAGAAAACCUGAUUUAUUUUUCAUCCAGACCUGAAUUGGUUAAGGAAUAUCAACUAAAUAGAGUAUUUAUCCCACCCUCAAUACACAAAUGAAAGGGGUGAGCUUUAAGGUCGGAUGAUACAAUUGCUUAAUUAAAAUGUUUGAAGGCACUUGACGAAACGUUGCCAAACUCAUCAGUCAACAAACCUGAAACAAAAAGGGAAGAAAAGUCCCUGAUGUCAUUAUGUUCAUGUUGUACAACUGAAAUCACUUAAUGUUUUUGGCAAUCAUGGACCUGGAAACUGCUACAUCGAAUGUGGCUUUUCCCAUAUUCUGUAUUAUUCAGUCGAAUGCGUGCUGAAAUAUAAAAAUACGAGAAAAAGUGGAUUAAAUGGCUUAUUUCUGGUUGAAUGUACAGAGUUUCAAACGGUUUUCCUUUAUGAGAGAAAGAUUUUGAAGAUUGUCAAUAAAGAUGCAAUUUUGAAUAAAACAUUUUGUCAUAUUUUGAUCAGAAAUCUGUUGGGAUUUAAUCCCAUCAGUCAAACAGUGGAACGGUGUGUUGAUGGACAGGAUCGCGUCUAGUACAAACACUGGGCCGUCACCUGGGGGUGAUGGGGGAGUUGUUGCUAUGGAAAUGCCGGCGUAUCGCCAUGUGCUGCUAUCUUGAGCCUCCAUCUAAAGUGCCUCUGCCUCACAAGGCAUUCAGGACAAACUCCCGUUCAUAUAUAGAAUAACAGGAACAAUAAUCAUUUGAUUGUCACUGAAAUCCUUAAAGAUGUUUAAACCUUCAAAGUGGAACUGUGAAAAAGUUUCUGUUUCAGGCUAAAUUUAGAGGUACAUCAUCAAAUCAUGACAGCUGUAUUUUUUCUUCUCAUUGGUUUGUUACUUGGUUCAAUAAACAUUAUAAUGUCAA